AAACGGAUGUGUUUUUUUUUUCAUUCUCUUGCAAGUUCCAAACGUGGUGAGAGUCGCGCAUCCAUUUGCUUUCCUGAAGAAAAUCCGGAAAAGUUAACUACCCGCACACAAAUAUGACCGACGAAUACUUUUACGGAGCAACCCUGAAGGAGGGCAGCAAAACAGUGACAUGGGAUCCGGACAACAAGCCGGAAGGUUACCCGAGAACGAACAAGCUGGUGAUCAAACAGUGUCUCCUCGGCCAUGAGGCAGCAGCGGACGAGUUCAAUGUGGUACAGGUGGAAACCAUGACUAUACGGGACACGCUGCGCAUUCCGAUCGCUGUGUUAAAGGUGGGUGAGCUGCGACAGGCCCGCAUGGACCUGGAGUUCUCGGACGCCCCGGUUACAUUCACGUUGGUCGAGGGCAAGGGCCCGGUGCACAUUCACGGAUUGCAUCUGCUCGGAUCGCUGGUCGAGGAGUUCGAGGAUAUGGAAGAGAUGGAGGAGGAGGUGCUUGACGAGGAGGAAGCCGACGAGGAUGAGGACGAGGACGGUGCGUCACAGAAGAAGAAGCCAAAAUUGACCAACAAUUCCAAGGGCAAACCAGGAGCUGUCGCCGGUGGGCCCGCGGGCAACGACAAAAACCGGAAGAGGAAAUAAACAGCGCAGGCACGUUCUUUUUUUGGUUUUGCUCCGGCCAACGAGCAAAAUUUGCCAGCAGCAGCAGCAGCAAAAGCAAGGCCGUCACAACGUGUCAUCAUUCCUCACCACAAUUUAAAUAUAUGUAUUAACAAAAAAAAAAAAACAAACAGACAAACAAAAUCUGCAACUACCAUAAAAACAUCGUAUAGCCGUCAAUCUUGAGAAGACCGGCACAACACAACAACAUCCCCUACGUCAUGCGAGAAAGGAAAAGAAUCAGACGAAAUUGUCCUAUAUAUAUUCCAGCUGCCCAUGAGCUCUGGUAUGCAUCCUCUCGUUCGUAAUUCUCGUACAGUUUGCCCGUGUUCGAUUCGAUCGGUUGCAGGCGCGAAAGCGCUUAAUUCUCUUUUGUAAUUCAAACACUCACGCGCGCACGUGCUCCGGAUGACGGGGAAGCAGCGUUGCUUUCUUAAAAACCAAUUAGACUAGCCUGUACGUAGUAGAGCAUUAGUCGCGUCACAGAGAUAUAACCAUCCAAUAUCCCUACAAAACGAUUUAAGCCGUAGCCACUAACCAAGAUAUACAUUCAGCAAUUUAUUAGAACCCAAGCGAGAAUUUGCAUCGAAAACGUCGCAGGAAGAAGAGACUAACCGCAAGAAUUGUUUACUAACUGUGAAUGAAGCAAAACUUCUAAGAUAAACUUCCACAAAUAAUUAUGGAAUCGGAAUACAAACGGA